AUCUUGACGGGUGAAGAUUGGAAUGAGGCCAUGUAUAUCGGCAUAACGUCAUAUUCCAAUCAAAGAUUCGGAAUACUUGUGUGCAUAUACUACGUGUUCCUCUUCAUCUGCGGCAAUUACAUCCUUCUGAAUGUCUUCUUGGCCAUCGCUGUGGACAAUCUGGCCGAUACUGGACAGGGCAAGGAGAAGAAGUCAGAGGGCAGCGAGGCAGACAAAGCUAAUUCCGAGGCCGCUGGAGCUGAUGAGGAUACUGAAGAGGAUCAGAAAAAAACUGACUUAAAUGACGCCGACGUCAGCGAGGGACGGCAAAUGUCCGGCGACCCGUUAAUCCAAACUAAUGACGAACUUGAACAGCUAACGGAAGAUCCUUCAAAACAGGAGGAGAAAGAUAAAAAACCGAAUAAUCUCAACGAAAGUGGAGAUACGGGUGAAAGUGAAGAUGAACGGGACAGCCUAUCUUCUUUCACGGAAGACCGACGUGGCUCGGAUAAUGACCUCAAGCCAAGAGUGAAACCAAUUCCAGAGGCCUCAUCAUUCUUCAUCUUUGGCCCUCGAAAUCCGUUUCGUCGACUUUGUCACUAUAUCUGCAACCAUCCCUACUUCAACAACGUGGUUCUUGUCUGUAUUUUGGUGAGCAGUGCAAUGUUGGCGGCGGAGGACCCUCUGGAUGCUAGCUCAUACCGAAACAUCAUUCUCAAUUACUUUGACUACUUCUUCACUUCUGUCUUCACUGUGGAAAUAACUCUCAAGGUAACCGUUUUUUUUACGCCCCAUUGUUGCGAAUCCUGA